CGAAACUUCCGCUUCACUUCCCUAUGGUUGAAGAAAAUCAGAUGGUGGUUUAAUGUGUCGAUGGUAGCACAGAUACGGUUCUGUGGUUGGUAGACUAGACCAUAGCUAGUGUGAACGGUACGCGUGGAUUUCACAGAAGUUGUGCGCUGCUAAGCCUUGUCUUAUGUAACUAGCAGAGAAGUUACUGGGAACGUGUUUGAAUUAUCGCCCGAAGAAGUUAAAACUGCAAGGAUGCCUGCUAGAAUGGAUGACGUCAUGCGACUAUGUUGCGAGCUGUCUGCUAACCAGCAAAUGAAGGCAGCUGUGAAGAAUUCUGGGAAGGGUGCAAUGCUGGCUGGGGCAGUAGCAUUCGCGGGGGGGCUGAUGGGAGGUCCUCCAGGAAUUGCAGUAGGCGGUGCGGUUGGGGGGCUGCUGGGAUGCUGGAUGACCAGUGGGCAGUUCCGACCCGUCCCUGAGAUCCUCAUGGAGCUGCCGCCCCAGCAGAAGCAGAAGCUGUACAACGACGUCUCGGCGGCGCUGGGCUCGCUCGACUGGACCGACUGGGCCCAGCUGAUUGCCCUGGUGAUGGGGAAUGCCACCCUCCAGCAGCAAGUGACUGCGGCUCUCCUCAGCUACGUCACCCGGGAGCUGAGAGCAGAGGUGCAGUACGGAGACUGAUACCACUCCCUCCAACCUCAACUCCAUAGUUUUACAAACAUUUCUGAAAGAGAGAACACAUCCACGUGCAACACAGGCAAGCACGGCUUUUCCUCUGAUUGGAAGAGCACUCCUCCCAGUAUGAAGAAGAGCAGAAAAAACAAUCCAAACCCAAAUACAUAUCGGACUGAGGAAAGCCUUAUUCGUUUUCAUUGAGCCUUGAUUUUAAGAGGAUGCAUUAUGUUUGGCCUCUAGUCAAAGUGCCUCUGGUUUACUGUGGUAAAAUGUUUGCUUGUCACAAGCGAGUUGCAAGUACAUUGGAAGCAUUACUUUUAUUAAUGUGUUUUAGUACUGUGAAAUUGGAGAGGGGUUAAAUCAACAAAUUAGCAGAUAGGUUUAUGUGGAUUCAUAACAGAAAUAUUUAUUUUAUGUGAUUCAAAUGAAGAUCUCUUGAGUGAGUGUUCUCCACAAGAAAAAUAUAUUUGUAGAAUUGUUUUAUUUUUGAAUUGGAAAAGGUGACUGGUGACGGGUAAUGUUAAUAUUACAACUAGACAUAUGCACCAUAAAUGCCUACUUUUGUACGUUAACCAUACAAUGGUUGAAUAAAUGUACACAGAGUAUAAUCAUCCGUGCAUUGAUCAAUAAUUAGAGACCUAUGGGCACAGUGGAAGCACCACUUGGACACCUAGAUAUUGAUAAGUCAAUGCUUGGCUUGAAAGUUUUAGAUUUGCCCAACAAUUCCAAUGGAUCAUUGAAUGGAUUGAACAUUCAGUGCAUUAGUUUUCCUAUUCACAACCUAGCCAAAUAUUGUCAAGACACUAGCCUUUUACAUUCACUUUAAUCUGUUGUUGGCCUUCAGUCUACAUUUUAUUAUUGUUAUUAUUAUUAUUAUUAUUAUGUAACAUAAUAAUAUCAACAAUAAGCAAAUUAAUUAAUGGCUGCCAGAUGAUUCUCAGUUUGUUUAUUUGGUUUCUGCAUCAAUAUAUCUAAUUAUGGACUUGAGCGGAACCAAAAUAGAGCCAUGAUGUUCUAUCCUGGUCCUGGAAAUUGUCCAUCCUGCACUUUGUUGUCUGUCCUUCACGUAAGGCACAUCAGCAUUUUAUGCAUACCUAGUUACAGAACACAUUCAAGGUAAUAUUCUGUAAGUGUGUGAUUGCAGUGCGUUUCCAUUAGUAAAAUAAUUAAUUUCUAUUGUUACUUUAGGGUUGCAUGAUAUAGUGAUUCUGGGGCCAACAUUAAUUCAUUUAAUAUUUGAUUUUUUGAUAUUGAUUGAUGUUUGCUGAUGGUAAUACUCUGUUUUACAUUGUAGCACAUAGGCAAACAGAAGCCAAGUUUCCGUGUUCUUGGGAGAAGUAGAUGAGCUCAGGUGUCAAUUUUUGAAGACAACAUAAUGCAUUGUAGUUGUAUAGCAAAUAAUUUCAACUUGUUUACUUUGAGAGGCGAGAGCAUAGGUCUAAACAGCCACUGAGUUUGUAUGUGACUUUCUGAGUUCGGCUUGUCAAUGGCUAUUUUCUGGGCAUGAUAUUUUCACUCAGUUUGGCACAUCGAGUGUGUCACCUUUGGUGCAUGUAUAUUAUAUCAUGGGUGUAAUUUCAGCUUCUCAGUAUCAACAGGUAGAAGGUUAAACUUACUGGGGUCGGCCAAUACCAGUAUGCCCCAGAUAUAAUUGUAUGACCCUGAAUGAUGCAUUACUUUUAGUUUUUGAUCAUUUUUGCGAAUCAAUGCACUUGAUGAAGAAUAAUCUGAGGCACUGCCUCAGUUACACUUUAGUAGACCACUGAAUCUUGCUUAUGUACGAAAUUCUGAGACAAAAAAAUGAGGAAAAUAAAUCUUUAAAAAAUCUUGAACAGGCACUCUUUGUCAGAUCCAAUUGCAAUUAAUAGCUCAGUCUGAUAGUCAAUUGAGGUUUAUUUAGCUGGAUUGCCUUAAGGGAAGUGUUUCUUGGGGGAACCAGAAGCCAAGUAAGUGGAAAAUGAAGCAGUCAUUAUAAAUCAGAAAAAAACCCCAGAGUACUUGGAACUCCUGCAGACAUUGAAACUUUCUUACAUUUGCUUUGGAAUUAUCUUCCCAUAUUUCUUCCAUGAGUUAACCUUCAACAUAUUGAGGAAAUGCACAAGCACAUAUCUUUAAUUGGGAAACGCUGCUUGUGUGAUGUGAUUAUUUAUACUCACUAUGAAUGACAACAAAACAUAAUAUAAUCUAUGGUUUGGGGAUGAAUUGUGUUUUUUAAGUACCUUUUCACUUCCACUUGAUGUCAUGCAAAGUGAAUUCUUUAAAACCAGGCUACUUAAAAUAUGUACAUUGUAAAACACCUUGAAUAAAAGAAGACAACAACUUGAAUCGGAUGAUUAAACAAAAUAAAAUUUGGUUAACUUAUUGCUGGUCAGUUAGCCACUCAUCUAGCCAGUCCCUUAGGAAGUGGCAUUCUCCAUCGUUUGAAAUGGACUCCAUUGACUGGCGACACAUAAUCAGCCAUUGAACUCUCACCCUAAGGGGUAACAUUUUGCUGAUAGCAAAGCGUUGCUUUUCAGUGGCUGAAUAGUUCACCUUUCUGGAUUGCUCCUUCCUGCUGAUGUAUGCCACAGACUAUCAUGCCUCUUUGUCAUCGUGCAACAAAGCUUCCCCUCACCCCAUAUUUGUGGUGGCUGUUCAUAGGAUAUAGUGGUUUCUGAAAUGUUUUCAAGAGCUUAAGCCCCCGUUGUCCAGUAAAACUUUUGUCUUUGCACAUAGGUGUUGGUUAGGCUAUAGCAUGCACCACCCCACUGAAACCCUGUUGCAUACUGAUGGAUGACAAUGGAAAAGCCAACAUUAAAUGUCUUGGGAAGGUUUUGGGCCAUCAUGAGCCACCACAAUAUCUUCAAUGUGCCUUGGCAUAUAUUCUACAAGUCACUGGAAAUCUACUGGAGGGAUGGAACACCAUUCUUCCAAAAGCUAUUCCCUCAUUUAGUGUUUUGAUGAUGGUGGUGGAGAGCGCUAACACAUCGAUCCAAAAUCUCCCUUAGGUGUUCAUUUGGGUUGAGAUCUGGUGACUGUGAAGGCCAUAGCAUAUAAUUUGCAUAAUUUUCAUACUCAUCAAACCAUGCAGUGACCCCUCAUGCCUGGUAGAUGGGGGCAUUGUUAUAUACACAGUAAUAUAAACGUGAUGGAAAAAUUCUCUAAAAAUAAAUCUUCCUUCUUGGUACCAUUAGGGGGCAGCAUCAGGCAAUACAAUGUUCAUUAUGCCUAAAUGCCUCAAUAGGCUGUUCUUAUUGGUACAUUUUAUUUUCUGAAUGUAUUCCUGUAUUUGUAAAUGUGAAAAUGAAGUGUGGGGAAAAUAGACAUUUUCUUGGCUUUUCAUAAGUGAAACUAUUUUUAUAAUGGUAAUAAUAUCAGUUGUUUCAUUUCGUACUGGGUUGGGAAUAUGAGGCUUUCCACCAACCAGAGAAAGAUGGAUUGGAAACCCUGGAAGCUAGAAUGUGUUGGUGGUGUUUGAUGUUUGGUGAAGGACAGUAGGAGUUUAAUUCUGCUGUCACAAGGUGUGAUAAGAUUGACAUGUGGAUGCCAUAGGUCCUGUUGCUAAAAACAUGUGUCUUUGACAUCAAAAUUCCUGUGUGAAAAUUGCAAAAAAAAAAAAAAAAAAAUUGCAAAAUGUCUAUUUUUUCCAUAUUUUUUUUUUUUUUUUUACAAUAGGAACCAUACAAGUAAAUGAGAAUAUGAUAAGAAUAUAAGUAAUGUCACUUCCCUCAACCAGGCGAAUUUAGGAAAUUUGACAAUCGAGAGUUAACUACAAACUUAUAUGAACCAUGCUUUAAACCGAUUUUUUUCACAGUACUGCUAUUCUGAAUGCCCAACUGUGUCUGUAAAUUUGGGAUAGCUCAAACAACUCGUGGUAACAGAUUGUGUUUUUGGAAAAUGCCAGCUCCCUUGUCAGUACGCGAGCGUGAUUCUGCUGGUGUCUGUGCCCCAAGAGGCCAGACUGUGUGCUUCCAUGUGGCUCUGUCAGAGAUGUUUUUGUACUCACCAGAGACAGAGCAAAGGAUGCCAAACCCCCCAUCUGUUUUUCCCACCCAGAGAUAAAAGCCCUUUUCUCUGCGGCAUCUGCCUUGGCACCAAGCAGACUAACCCCUGAAAAGUUUUAAGGAUCUUUUUUUUUUCAAACUCCCACUUAAUUGGCAAAGUAUGUAUACAUCGAUUGGAGUGCCAUUUGUGAAUUUAUUGAAAAUUAGGGUGGUAUAAAAAUUAUCCUUGGCUAUGUAGUCAGCCCCUGUUAUUCAGGACACUUGCUAGCCUGUUGGCAUCUCCCAGUCUGUCAUAUAGAUGGGAAGAGCUAAUGCAUUAUAUUAUUAUCCUGAGGAAUCCUGACUAACUUAAUCAGUGGCUACUGAUGUAAACAAUAAAUUCAAGCUGUAUCUUGA